AUCGUCGCUGGCACUCCUAACUCAAUCACUGUAGUCUUCCAACUGGCCACAUACGACCAUCCGUCGAGGACACCCCGCGUCCGCUCGCACAUCCUCCGCUCAUUCGUGACGCCAUCCAAACACCCCUCUCUGCCUCUUCUUGUCAGCACCACCGACAUCCGCACACCCAAGGUCACUCAGGUCACCGAUGCUAACGGCGUCGAAGCUGUGUUCUGGACAGAGCCAACAUUGGAACAGUUCCGUAUCUCGGGACGCAUCUCUCUCGUCCCCUCGUCGUCGUAUGCAGGAUCCUAUCCCGAUAUACCGUCACCGGGCCACAGUAUCCUAUUUGACGCUCUGAGACAGGAGAACCUUAAUUGGGAGCAGACCCGUCUCUCCACGUUCAAUCAUCUCAAUGGACGUAUGCGCGCGUCGUGGUGUAGACCUGUACCUGGGACACCUCUGAAGGGCGGAUACGAUGAUGCACUGGAGUGGCCCGAAUCGCUGCCUGCCCUGGGGGAGGCCAAGGACGAGGAAGAGAAGAGGAAUGUGGAGAAGGCGUUGGAGAAUUUCGCAUUGGUGAUAAUCGAACCGCUGGAGGUGGAUUUUGUGGAGUUGGGGACGAGACCGGAGAAGAGGACGAUGUACAGGAGGAACCUUCGAGAGAUGGAGUUCACGGAGACGAUCGUUGUCCCGUGAAAGAGGUGUGUAUUGUAAUUCUCAGUUGUAUCACUAUCGUCCCAGAAGUCAUGGAAAAGAGUCUAUUCGCGACAGGCUUUUUUGUAUAAAUAGAUCUACGAACCACAUACAUACAGCAGGAGUACUUAUCGAUAACUCAGUGAGGAAGGAGAAAAAAUAAGCAAAACAACGCGAAUAACAAGUUCAUAACCAACCGCACCGACCUGGAUGGUAGCGUCGGGCCUAUACCUUGACCUUCUUGGGGGCACUUUCUUCGUCCUCUUCAUCAUCCUCUUCCUCGUCGAACUGUGCACUGCGCUUGGUACCCGCAUUGACUGGUUU